CAAACGUUGGCGCUCCUCUCUGGUGUAGGGGGCACCUCCACGGUCAGACUGCCCCGCCCCGGGGGGAGGUCACUGAGGGGAAGUCACCCCGAGGGGAGCGGAGGUGCAGUUGGAGAAAUGCUCCCAGGUUUUGCAGCGAGCGAUUCAAGCAGAAACCAUCGCCAUUGCUGAAACCCCGCAGAAACCCUAAGAGAAGCCACUUACUGGACUUUUGGUCUCUGCGACCUUGCUCCCCACGACCGACCAGGAACCGUGAAGUGUGGCCAUCCCUCUGCCGCAGCCAUGGGGUCUGAGGAUCAUGGGGCCCAGAACCCGAGCUGUAAGAUCAUGACGUUCCGCCCAACCAUGGAGGAGUUCAAGGACUUCAACAAAUAUGUGGCCUACAUCGAGUCCCAGGGGGCCCACCGGGCGGGCCUGGCCAAGAUCAUCCCCCCAAAGGAGUGGAAGCCGCGGCAGACGUAUGACGACAUUGAUGACGUGGUGAUCCCAGCGCCCAUCCAGCAAGUGGUGACCGGCCAGUCGGGCCUCUUCACACAGUACAACAUCCAGAAGAAGGCCAUGACGGUCGGCGAGUACCGGCGCCUGGCCAACAGCGAGAAGUACUGCACCCCCCGACACCAGGACUUCGACGACCUGGAGCGCAAGUACUGGAAGAACCUGACGUUCGUGUCGCCCAUCUACGGGGCCGACAUCAGCGGCUCCUUGUAUGACGACGACGUGGCCCAGUGGAACAUCGGGAACCUGCGGACCAUCCUGGACAUGGUGGAGCGCGAAUGCGGCACCAUCAUCGAGGGCGUUAACACGCCCUACCUGUACUUCGGCAUGUGGAAGACCACCUUCGCCUGGCACACGGAGGACAUGGACCUGUAUAGCAUCAACUACCUGCACUUCGGGGAGCCCAAGUCCUGGUAUGCCAUCCCCCCGGAGCACGGCAAGCGCCUGGAGCGGCUGGCCAUCGGCUUCUUCCCCGGAAGCUCCCAGGGCUGCGAUGCCUUCCUUCGGCACAAGAUGACCCUCAUCUCGCCCAUUAUCCUCAAGAAGUACGGGAUCCCGUUCAGCCGGAUCACACAGGAGGCGGGGGAAUUCAUGAUCACGUUCCCCUACGGCUACCAUGCUGGCUUCAACCACGGAUUCAACUGCGCCGAGUCCACCAACUUUGCCACACUGCGGUGGAUCGAUUAUGGCAAGGUGGCCACCCAGCUUUCCUGAUGGAUCUUGUCUGCAUCAAGCUCUGACUCUGGGCCUCAUGACUGGGCCUGCCGGCGUUCCAGAAGACACCUCCCUCACCUCCGUUGUCUCCCAGGCUGGCUGCCCGCUUCAGGCAGGUGUCCAGGGCUUGCCUGGGGCUGCAGGGGCCUCCUGCACAGGCCUAUGCUCCAUUUCCAAGAACAGAAUUCCCCAGGCAGGCGUUGUAGUGGGAUUACCAACUGGGAAGAUGAGAGGGCCGCUCCAUCUUCACUGC